CUUCUCCACACUCCACAUUCCACAUUCUUUCUUUCUUUCCUUUCCACUUCUCCCCCCCUCCCUCCCCCAGUCCAUCAGAUAUGGAUCUCUACGCGCGUGCUCGGACAAGCAUACGCGCAUGGCUGAAAGAAACUCCCCUCCCACCUGCAGGCGACGCACAUCCUCAUUUUCAAUUCUGGCAUCAGUAUGACCCGAACGUCCAACAGUGGAUUCCUACCUAUUCAGAUGCCACUUCGAAUGACCACCCAGAGCCUGUCCGUGGGAACGACCCAUCAAAUCUCGUACUGUUGACAUGGAACAUCGAUGCAGGAGCUUCUCGGGUUCAAGAACGCGUGACCGAGAUCCUCACAUACAUUACUCAGCUUAAUCAUCCAGUGGACAUUUUGUUCCUUCAAGAGGUCUCACACCCGGCCCUGCAGCAACUCCUGCAAGAUGAGCGCAUUCGUGGGUCUUGGCUUUCUAGCGAACCUGACGGUGCAACAUGGAACGGCCGGCCCUUUACAACGGUCACCUUAUUGUCUAAAGCACGUCUCGCAUUAUAUGCCGGUUCAAACACUCAUAACAUCGUCGUAGGACCUGUAUGGAGGGUCAAAUUUCCAAGUCAUUUCGCUCGAGACGCGCUCUGCUGUGAUAUCUUCGUCCCUUCGCGCAGUGAGGCUGAAGCGUCUUGUGCGACGCGAGUUCGCCUUGUGAAUGUUCAUCUGGAUUCUCUGCCGAUCAAGCCUUCCCACCGGCCCCGGCAAAUAUCUAUCGUCUCCUCCCUCCUGCGCGCCGCUGGCCGUGGGCUAGUCGCUGGAGACUUCAAUCCUCUUCUCGACGAAGACAUAGAACUUUUAGAGUUCAAUGGUUUGACAGAUGCCUGGACAUCGCUUCACCCUCAGGAGCCUGGUUAUACAUGGGGGCUCGAUGGGCAACAACCGUUCCCCCCCAACCGACUUGAUAAAAUCGGCACCCUAGGGCUAACAGCCUCUACAAUCGAGAUUCUGGAACCGAAGCGAGUUGGGCACACUUUCAUCCCGGACCAGACGCUCACGGACGAUGCACCUCUCUGGAGCGAUCAUCAUGGUCUGCUCUUGUCUUUCAGACUGGCGGAGGAGUGAACGAUAUCUAUCUCGCUCUGGUCGGAGAAAGAUUCUUCUGAAACCGAAUAUGGCUGUGGAAUUCCUACUCUAGAACUAAUGGUGCGGAAUCUAGCGGGUGAUUGGUCAAAUCUUAAUAACCACACUUGCUCCCGGCCUGCAAACAUAUCUAAUCCUACAUGCUCAGUGGAGCACCUAUCGCACACCUCCUAUUCAUAAAUCGGCCACUCCAGCUUAUGGAACCAUCGGUAAUCCGAGCGCACCAAAUGCACCUGCAGACCAAUCAGUGUCUCGCUUCGCCAUGAUUCAAGUGAGGAAUACUUACGAUGAAGCGCC